AUGUGGACGAAUCACCCUUUGCACGGCGUCAAGGUUGUCGAGCUAGCUGGACUGGCCCCAGGACCCUUCGCCGGUCUCCUCCUCGCAGAUUACGGCGCCUCUGUACUGCGCAUCGAUAGACUCCCCGGCCAAACCGCUGCACCGGCCGGCGACAAUCUCACGCGCCACAAAUCAUCGAUAUGUCUGGAUCUAAAAGACUCGCGGUCGCGCGAUCUCCUCUUGUCUAUCCUCGCCAAAGCCGAUAUCCUGAUCGACCCUUUCCGACCAGGCGUGCUGGAGCGCCUCGGCCUGUCCCCAGCCGACGUGCUACUCAAAGCCAACCCGCGCCUUAUCAUCGGUCGCAUGACCGGCUUCCGACGUGAUGGAAAAUACAAAGACAUGGCGGGCCAUGACAUCAACUACAUCGCCGUAUCCGGAGUCCUCUCCAUGCUUGGCCGCAGCGGCGAUCGGCCGUAUGCCCCCGGUAACCUAUUGGGUGAUUUCGCAGGUGGCGGUGCAAUGUGUUUUCUAGGGAUACUACUAGCGCUCAUCUCACGUCAAGCGACGGGCAAGGGCCAGGUUGUAGAGGCAAAUAUGGUGGAUGGGUCGGCGUAUUUGGCUACGAUGCCGCGAUUGGCAAUGAAACAGCCUGUGUGGGAUGCAUCGAGGGGGGAGAAUUUGUUGGAUGGCGGGUGUCCGUAUUAUGAUACAUACGAGACAAAGGAUGCAGGGAAAUAUUUCGCGGUUGGUGCGCUCGAACCGCAAUUCUAUGCAGCUCUCUUGAAGGGAUUGGGGUUGAAGAAGACCGAUGUCCCGGCGCGAGAGGACCGAGAGAAUUGGCCAGCGCUGAGGGAUAUUUUUACGAAGAAGUUUAAAGAAAAGACACGCUCGGAGUGGGAAGCUAUCUUCGAUGGGACAGAUGCAUGUGCGACGCCUGUCUUGGAGCAGGCCGAGCUGGAAGCGAGCGGUCAUGAACAGAGACUCCCUGUUGGCCUGGUGGGUACACCAGGCAAGGUAUACGCUGCAGAUGAGGCAGGGUGGACCGGCGGUGGACUCUUCCCUGGCGAUGGUGGUGAGGUAACGCUGAAGGAGUGGUAUGGAUGGACGCGGGGACGUGAAUAUGACGAGAAAGACGGGAUUUUGGUCAAGGGCAAGGGUGGAUCGCGAUUGUGA